AUGCUGCGCUACCUGCUCAAAACGCUGCUGCAAAUGAACUUGUUCGCCGACUCGCUGGGCGCCGACAUCUCCAACUCCAGCGAGCUGCUCUUGGGCGGCUUCAACUCCUCGCUGGCGGCGCUCAACCACAGCCUGCUGCCUUCUGGCGAACCCUCUCUCAACGGGACAAGGGUGGGGCCGGAGGACGCCAUGCCGCGCAUCGUGGAGCAGCCUCCAGAUCUGCUGGUCUCCCGCGGCGAGCCAGCCACGCUGCCCUGCCGUGCCGAGGGCCGCCCACGACCCAACAUCGAGUGGUACAAGAACGGGGCUCGCGUAGCCACUGCGCGCGAGGACCCCCGCGCGCACCGCCUACUGCUGCCCAGCGGCGCCCUCUUCUUCCCGCGCAUCGUGCACGGACGCCGCGCGCGGCCCGAUGAGGGCGUCUACACGUGCGUGGCGCGCAACUACUUGGGGGCGGCGGCUAGCAGAAAUGCCUCGCUGGAAGUGGCAGUCCUCCGCGACGACUUCCGACAGUCUCCCGCGAACGUGGUGGUGGCCGUCGGGGAGCCAGCAGUGAUGGAAUGCGUGCCACCGCGCGGCCACCCGGAGCCUUCCGUGAGCUGGAAGAAGGACAGCGCAAGGCUCAGAGAGGAGGAGGGAAGAAUUACGAUCCGUGGAGGGAAGCUGAUGAUGUCACACACAUUCAAGAGUGAUGCGGGGACAUAUGUGUGCGUGGCCUCCAACAUGGCAGGAGAACGGGAGAGUGGGGGCGCUGAGCUGGUGGUACUGGAGCGUCCCUCAUUCCUGCGCAGACCAGUGAAUCAGGUGGUCCUGGCUGAUGCCCCCGUGACUUUCCUGUGUGAGGUGCAGGGGGACCCCCAGCCUCAGCUACGCUGGCGCAAGGAGGAAGGGGAACUGCCCUCAGGCAGGUAUGAGAUCCGGAGUGACUACAGCCUUUGGAUUGGGCACGUGAGUGCUGAAGAUGAGGGGACUUACACCUGUGUGGCAGAGAACAGCGUGGGCCGCGUGGAAGCAUCUGGCUCCCUCAGUGUUCACGUUCCACCCCAAUUUGUGACCCAGCCCAGGGACCAGGUGGUGGCUCUUGGGGGCAGUGUGACUUUCCAGUGCGAGACCAGAGGAAACCCCCCACCUGCUGUCUUCUGGCAGAAAGAGGGGAGUCAGGUCCUGCUCUUCCCCAGUCAAUCACUUCAGCCCACAGGGCGCUUCUCCGUCUCUCCAAGAGGCCAGCUCAACAUCACUCAAGUGCAGAGUGGGGAUGCUGGCUAUUACGUGUGCCAGGCUGUCAGUGUGGCUGGCAGCAUCCUGGCCAAGGCCCUGUUGGAGAUUAAAGGAGCCUCCUUGGACGGGCUGCCUCCCGUCAUCCUCCAGGGACCGGCCAACCAGACGCUGGCACUUGGCUCCUCCGUGUGGUUGCCGUGCAGAGUCACUGGGAGCCCUCAGCCCAGUGUCCGGUGGAAGAAGGAUGGACAGUGGCUGCAGGGAGAUGACCUCCAGCUUAACCUGUUGGCCAAUGGCACCCUGUACAUUGCCGGCUUGCAGGAGAUGGACAUGGGUUUCUACAGUUGUGUGGCCAAGAGUUCCAUAGGGGAGGCCACGUGGAGUGGCUGGCUUAGGAAGCGGGAAGACUGGGGAGUAUCGCCAGGUCCCCCUAUAGAACCCAGUACCCCUCCAGGACCUCCUUCUCAGCCAGUGGUCACUGAGAUCACCAAGAACAGCAUUACCUUGACCUGGAAGCCCAGCCAGGAGGCUGGGGCCACAGCCACCUCUUAUGUGAUAGAGGCCUUCAGCCAAGCAGCCGGCAGCACGUGGCGGACAGUGGCCGAUGGGGUGCAGCUGGAAACACACACUGUCAGUGGCCUGAGGCCCAAUACCCUCUAUCUGUUCCUGGUGCGAGCCGUGGGAGCCUGGGGCCUCAGCGAUCCCAGCCCUGUCUCUGAGCCUGUCCUCACCCAGGACAGCAACCCAUCCAGGCCGGCGGAGGACCCAUGGGGAGGCCAGCAGGGGCUGGCUGAAGUGGCUGUGCGCAUGCAGGAGCCCAUAGUUCUUGAGCCGCGGACCCUGCAGGUGUCCUGGACUGUGGAUGGCCCAGUCCAGCUGGUGCAAGGUUUCCGGGUGUCUUGGAGGGUAGCAGGCCCUGCUGGGGGAAGCUGGACAGUGCUGGACCUUCAGUCCCCAACCCAGCAGAGUGCUGUGUUAAGAGGACUCCCCCCAGGGUCCCACAUCCAGAUCAAGGUGCGAGCUCAAGGCCAGGAAGGGCUGGGGGCUGAGAGCCCCUUUGUGACAAAGAACAUUCCUGAGGAGGCCCCCAGUGGUCCCCCCCAGGCAGUGGCAGUGGCCUUGGGGGGUGAUGGCAACAGCAGUAUCAUUGUGUCCUGGGAACCUCCACUCCCCUCCCAGCAAAAUGGGGUCAUCACAGAGUAUCAGAUCUGGUGCCUGGGCAACGAGAGCCGCUUCCACCUUAACCGGUCUGCGGCAGGCUGGGCGCGCUCCGCGGUGCUCCGGGAACUGCUGCCCGGGCUCCUCUACCGGACCCAGGUCGCGGCGGCCACCAGCGCUGGCGUGGGCGUGGCCAGCGCCCCGGUGUUGGUGCAGCUGCCGUCCCCGCCGGGACUGGAGCCGGGACUCGAGAUGGGCCCGGGGCUGGCGGAGCGGCUGGCUAAGGUGCUGCGGGAGCCGGCCUUUCUGGCCGGCAGCGGCGCGGCCUGCGGGGCGCUGCUGCUCGGCCUCUGUGCCGCCCUCUACCGGCGCCGGAAGCAGCGCAAAGAGCUCAGUCACUACACGGCUUCUUUUGCCUACACACCUGCAGUGUCCUUCCCACACUCAGAGGGCCUCUCUGGAGCCAGUUCCAGGCCCACAGUGGGCCUUGGCCCAGGCACCUACCCAUGGCUGGCAGACUCUUGGCCUCACCCAUCUCGAAGCCCCUCAGCCCAGGAACCCAGGGGAAGCUGCUGCCCCAGCAAUCCCAACCCUGACGACAGAUAUUACAAUGAAGCGGGAAUCUCCUUAUACCUGGCUCAGAUGGCUCGAGGCACCGGUGCCACCGGCGAGGGGCCUGUCUACAGCACCAUUGACCCAGCUGGGGAGGAGCUGCAGACCUUCCACGGGGGGUUCCCCCAGCAUCCCUCAGGGGAUCCAGGCACCUGGAGUCAGUAUGCCCCCCCUGAAUGGAGCCAGGGGGACAGAGGAGCCAGGGGAGGCAAAGGGAAACUUCUGGGCAGACCUGUGCAGAUGCCAUCUCUGAACUGGCCAGAAGCCCUGCCUCCACCUCCCCCUUCCUGUGAACUGAGCUGCCCGGAGGAGCCCGACGAGGGGCUAGAUGGCUCAGAGCCCGAAGAGUGGUGCCCACCCAUGCCCGAGAGAAGCCACCUGGCUGAGCCCAGUGCCAGUGGAGGGAGCCUGGUUGCUCCACCCCAAGGAGAAACUCCCUCUCCCACACCCUCCUAUGGAGAGCAGUCCACAGCCACUCUUACCCCUUCACCUCCUGACCCACCACAGGCCCCCACCCACAUUCCCCAUCUCCACCAGACAUCAAGGAGGGUACCCCUGGGGCCCAGCUCCCCUCUCAGUGUAUCCCAGCCUGCUCUGAGUAGCCAUGAAGGGAGUCCUGCUGGCCUGGGGCCUGACCCCACAGCCUCCCACCACCUGAGCCCCAGCCCUGCCCCUAGUACAGCCAGCAGUACCCCAGGGAGAACCCGGCAGGUGCCAGGGGAGAUGACUCCCCCACUUCAAGGACCCCGUGCCCGUAUCCGGAAGAAACUCAAGGCUCUUCCCUACAGGAAGGAGCAUAGUCCUGGGGACCUGCCCCCACCCCCCCUGCCCCCACCCGAGGGAGAGGCAAGCUGGGCCCUAGAGCUGAGAGCGGCAGGCAGUGUGUCCUCCCUGGAGCGGGAACGCAGUGGAGACAGGAGAGCGGCACAGGCAGCGCCCCUGGGCGCCCGGCGGGGGCCCCAGCCAGAUGAGGAGGGCUGGCUCCCGUACAGCAGACCGAGCUUCCUGUCCCGGGGCCAGGGUGCCAGCACCUGUUCCACAGCUGGCAGCACCUCUUCCAGAGGCUCCGGCAGCUCUCGGGGCUCCCGGGGCCCUGGCCGGAGCCGGAGCCGGAGUCAGAGCCAAAGGCCAGGACAGAAACGCCGAGAGGUGGGGGCUGGAGAUCCCAGACAGAGGGGAGCAGUGGGCUAG